AUGGCAUCGGCCGCGCUGUGGGGCCGGGUCACCAAGCACAGCUGUGCACGUUUUGUGGCUGGUGUGGUGUCAGUUGCACAGCAGCUUCCGCCGCUGGAGGAUGCUGCUGUCGAGGAGGAGCGCACCGAAACCACCAGCAGCAGCGAGCACGAGACGGCGCUAGUGGCGGUCGAGGAGGUGACGGCGCUUGCGGCGCCUUCCGACCGCGUCAAUGUCUCCUUCGUCGUACCCCAAUACGUCACCAGCUAUGGGCAGGUCCUCAAGGUGGUGGGCGCCGUUGAUGAGCUGGGCAACUGGGCUCCUGAGCAGGCGCCCACUAUGACCUGGAGCGAGGGCCACCAGUGGACACUGGACGUACCCCUGCCGGUGGGCGAUGUCACUUUCAAGGUAGUGAUGCAGGACACAGCGGCCGGCUACACGCGCUGGGAGGUGAGGCAUGGUUGA